GAGCUGACCUGUGCCAAACAGCAGCACACUGUCGAGCAGACGGGUGUACCUCUGGUGCACAGACUACACACUGUGGAUACAUUUCAUCCUGGAGCUCACAAAGCAAACGUCCUUCUCUCUGGACUUUGGACGGUCGACCUGAACAUCUUCUAACUUCUACAGUUCUUUAUACCUUUGGAAGGUUCUACCUUUUUGUCCCUGUAUUCAGGAUGCUCAGCGCUGUGACCCUGCAGCAGAUCCUCUCCAGCCUGUUUGUGCUGGGCAGCGCUGCAGUGAUGGCAGACAGUGGGUGUCCCGCUCAGUGCUCCUGCCCCCCUUCGCCCCAGCCCUGCCCGGCGGGCAUCAGUUGGGUGAGUGACCGCUGUGGCUGCUGUAAGGUCUGCGCUCAGCAGUUCAAUGAGGACUGCAGUGCCACCCAACCCUGCGAUCACAUCAAGGGGCUGCGCUGCCACCUGGGGGCCGGAGGAGACCCGGAGAGGGGGCUGUGUCGAGCGGAGGCCCAGGGUUUGCCCUGUGAGUUUGGGGGCCGGGUAUACCAGCAUGGAGAGGACUUCCAGCCCAGCUGCGAGCACCAGUGCACCUGCAUGGACCGGGUGGUGGGCUGCAUGCCCCUCUGCCCCCCCCAGGUGCCGCUGUCUACCUGGCGCUGUACGCGACCCCGGCUGGUCAGCCCGGAGAGGGGCUGCUGUGAGGAGUGGGUGUGUGACGACAACAACCACAUCGAUGAGGAGCCAGAUGAGCCGACACACACCUGCCUGCCAGACAGACAGCGGCCCCCCAACCACAUAAGUGCCCUGCUGCAGGCCCCGCUCCAGCCUUGGCACCGAGCUGCCACUGGGAGGGCAACGUUUAGAGAGAUGGUGUCUUUUCCCAUGUCUGAGGUGUUACCCCAAUCCAGCUGUUUCCCACAAACCACAGAGUGGACCGAGUGCUCCACCACAUGUGGGAUGGGCAUCUCGAGCCGAGUGACCAAUGACAACCGGGACUGUCAGCUGGUGAGGGAGAGCAGACUGUGUCAGGUCCGGCAAUGUGAGCCUCAGCUUCCUGUGGCUAACAAGAAGGGGAAGAAGUGUCAAAGGACUAUCCGCCCCCAGGAGCCGGUCAGAUUCUCCUUUGCUGGAUGCUUCACGAUACACCGGUAUCGGCUCCGCAGCUGUGGGACAUGCAGCGAUGGCCGCUGCUGCAGCCCCUCCCUGUCCCGCACCGUGCGGCUGCGCUUCCACUGCCCCGAUGUAGAGGGCUUCUACAGGAACGUGAUGUGGAUCCAGCGCUGCAGCUGCACCACCAGCUGUGGUCCGUACAGCGCUCCCUCCAGCCCGGCAGUCAGCCUCCACAACGACAUCCACACCUUCAGCCCGUCAGUCAGCCUCCACAACCACAUCCACACCUUCAGGCGCUGAGGCUCCACCCCCCCCCCCCUGGCACGCUGGGAAAAGACAUUUCUCCUGCCCCCCUCUACCCAACUCAGCAAAACACUAGCUUGCACUUUAAGCACCCUGCCACAAUGACAUCAGUUUGUCUACACAUGAGGUGUGUUACAACAGUACGCUGUUAGACUGUGGCCAGAGAGCUUUCACUGAAACUCCUUAACUUAAUUAUUAUGUCCUCUCCACAGAGGGUGAUGGUUUGUCAUAUAGACGAGGAUCAUUAGUGAUGUCAAAUAUGGACAUUUGAAAUAAUGAUGAAGAACUGAAUGACCAAAGACAUGUCCAUUAUUGACUAUAGUGGCUGUGUUCUCUGUUGCCUGUGCUUUGUGUUACAAUGUUUCCUGUGUGUGUGUGUGUGUGUGUGUGUGUGUGUGUGUGUGCGUGCGUGCGUGCGUGCGUGCGUGCGUGCGUGCGUGCGUGCGUGCGUGUGUGUGUGCGUGUGUGUGUGUUGUUAACUUUCAUGUUAGAUUGCUGAGACAGAGAUAGAUUCAAUAUAUAUGUACAGUGGCGCAAAAAAGUAUUUAGUCAGCCACCAAUUGUGCAAGUUCUCCCACUUAAAAAGAUGAGAGAGGCCUGUAAUUUUC